ACACAUCUAUAUUUAACUUCGAUAUAUUUAUUACACCAACAAGAUUCAUACAUAUUCAAGACCCCAUUUACAGACAGACAAAUUAGUAAAGACAAAACAAAACAACCCCCCAAACCCCCAAAUUAGUUCUUUCUUUCUUUCUUUCAAAAUUCUCUAUUAUUGAAUUCCAAUCAUGCCAUCAGGUGCUAAGAAAAGAAAAGCUGCCAAGAAGAAACAGGUUCAUAAUCCAUCCUCAACUAGCCCUCAUCAAGAAAAUGAUUCACAAGAUCCAUUAGUUGAGGUGGUAAAGAGAGAAGCUAGUUCAUCUGAGGAUAAGGCUAAGGAUGUUAACGAGGAAGAGGGUAACGUCGAGAUCAAAACAGGGUCGAAAUUGAGUAGUAGUUCGAGUUCUAGUGAUAGUUCAGAUGACGAGUCGCAAGUUGUUGACAAGAAUGUAGUGAUUCUUGAACCUGCUCCGGUUCAAUCAGUUCCGGUUAUUGAAUCCCAAGUGCCUGAAGAAAUUUCCCCAACUGUUGAGGCGGUUAAGCCUGUUGAUUCGUUGUUAGAUGAGGUUUCACAAGUGUUUGAUGAUAUUAAGAAUGAGGAGAAAAAGGAUUUAGUUGUGGAGGAAACACCUGUAGUUGUAGAGGAACCGACAGUUGUCGUUAGUGAGUUUGGUUCAACGGAUGACUGCCCGACUUCCAGUGUAGUUGUUGAAUCGGUUGUGAAAGAAAAUGAGGCGGAAAAGUUGCCUUUGUCGGAUGAAAAGGUUUCUUCGGAACCAGAGUAUGUAACAUCUUCUACGCCACCAAAAGACUCGAUUUCUGAAGUUCAUGGUGCAGAUUGUGCAAAUGAAACUGAUACAGUUGAGCACUCUGAUAAACAGGCUACGGUGGCUUCAAAUCCAUUAGCAGUGCAAAAAACGACCUCCUGGAAGAGUUGCUGUGGAAUAUUUGAGUUGUUUUCAGGAUCCCAGAGAAACUGAUCAUAUCGAAGCAUGGGGUUACUGAUUGUUUCAUUAAUCUUAUCGAACUACAAAACAUAGUUUUCGUCUUUGAAGAAGUUUUUUGGUUUACUUUUUUUUCCCCUUCUAUAUUUUUAUCUUGUGAUAUCAAAUAGUAUUUUUGCUUAUUAUUGUGCGUGUGUUACUGAGCUGAUUUUCAUGUGUAAUAUGUCCUUUGGUGCGCUACAUGCUCUUAUACGAAUCAAUGUGUUGCUCA